UAAGUCAGUUUCACGAACGCACUCGUAAGUGCAAAAAUAAUCGUACGAAAAAAAUUAAGAUUUCCGUCCACGAGCGCACUUACGAUUUCACUUACGAGAAAAAGCUUCCUUAGCUACGUACUUUCGUUUUGACUGCUCAUGCGCAGUUCGCAAUUUAGCGUGUCGUCUGUCAACAACAACAUGAGCAAACGGAAGCCGAACUGGAGUGUUGCAGAAAUUGAGGCCCUGGUGGGAGCUGUAACGGAAAAUAUAAGAGUCGUGAAGGGAAAGUUUACCCCCUCAUUGACGAAUGAGGUUAAGAAUCGCCAGUGGAUGGCGAUAACCGAGCGAGUCAAUACAGCUAAUGUGUCUAAGUGUGAUCGAGAUGUAGCAGAAGUAAAGAAAAAAUGGCAAGACUUCAGUAGCCAAACGAAAAAGAAGGAGGCCAUGAGGAUUCGUCACAGGCAAGCAACUGGAGGAGGUCCUGCAAUAGAAGAUGAUCUGAAAUCAUGGGAAACUCUGAUCAUUGGAACAUUUUCCAAGAGUGCCGUUGAAGGGGUGCCGGGUGGGGUUGAUUCUGGAGCACUAUCCUCAUCACAAAGCCGAAUACUCUUAGAGAAAGAAACAUCAUAUGUAUUUGAGGCAACUCUUGCUGAACAAUCACCUGCUGCUGAACAACCAUCUGCCUUCAUCACAGAUAACUCCAGUGAAAAGCCUGUGAGUGAGGAGUUUGAGACAGGUAUUGUAUAUACAUGUACACUAAUCUAUUUUUCAUACUUCGAGAAAUUUGGAAGUAUUCAAUGGUUUAACAGUAUAGGCAAAGUAGACCUACAAAACUGGUAUUUCCUUUAUGUUUGCAAAUUCUUUGCCUUCUGCUGGUGGAGCAGCUGUGAUGACACCGAAGACGAUGUCAGGUUGAAAAUCGAAUUUAUCAAUUUGGGAAAAGAACGGAAUAGAGCUGUGAAGGAAUACAGAGCCAAGAAGUUGGCAUUUUAUGAAGAGAUAACUCAGCAGCAGGGUGAAAUGAUUCAACUUCAAAUGAAGACAGCAACAGCCUUGGAGUUGAUUGCAUCAAAAUGUCAACAAACAGCAACCUUAAUACCAUCACCCUUUUCUGUUUCUCCUAUAAUCAGAUUUGAUAGCUAG